UCCAAGAACAAAAGUAAUUAAUUGUUAAUCAAUUUUUCCUCUUUAAUUGUUGACCAAUUUUUCUAAAUAUUCAUCUUAUUGGAUUAAUUUCUAAAUUAUAGUUUUGUGAUCAUUGUGUUUAAGAGUUUUAAUCGAUAUUUGUAUUGGUAAAGAUGUUGAAUUGUCUUCGAAAUUCAAUCAAAGUCAAUGUUGGACCUUAUCAAGUGAUUAGUAGGACAUUGAUAACUACUGAGAAUUUGGUUGAAUCAUCUUCAAAUGGGAAACAAUUACCGGUGAAAAAUGAUACAAUUAACUCGCCAUCUUCUUCUGAUUCAUUGAGUGUAAGUUCAAUGUCGGUUGAAAGGUUACCUCAUUAUGACAUUGUCAUUAACGGAGGUGGAAUUGUUGGUCUAUCGUUUCUCCUUCAUCUUCAAUCAUCCAAAUUUCUUGCCGAUCGAUCAGUUUUACUUUUAGAAAGUCAACCCAAUAGGUCACCUCUAAAUCUUGGUGAAUUGGUUAAUCAAGAGAGAAUAUUAACUAAUCGUGUCUCAUCCCUAACUCUUGCCAGUAAACGAUAUCUCACUCAAUUAGGUGUUUGGAAUCUAUUGGAACCUUUUGUCAAACCAACUCGAUCAAUGCAUGUUUGGUCUAAUCGAUAUUCUCGAGGAAUCACAUUUACACCUCAAAGGAUCUCAUUUAUGGAUAAUUUAAUCAAAGAUUCUCAGUUAACUAAUGAAGACUAUGUUUGCUAUGUAGUUGAAAAUGAUAUCAUACUUUCUGCUUUGAGAAAUAGAAUUCAAUCAGAUUCAAUUAGAUUUGAUUCUAAAUUGGUUGGAAUUGAAGCUCUACCAGGAGAUACAACAGUUGAGUUAACUCUUUCCGAUGAAUCAAGGAUAACCACUAGUCUCUUAAUUGGAUGUGAUGGUUACAACUCUUUUGUCCGUCAAUCAGCUGAAAUUAACUAUUUCAAUUUGGAUCUCAAUCAAUCAGCUAUUGUUGGAACCGUUCAAAUAUCUAAAGAAAGUGAUCUGGAUGAAAAUGAUGUCGCUUAUCAGCGAUUUGUCCCUCAUAACAAGUUCAUCUUAGCUUUAUUACCAUUAACUAAUAAUUUCGCUUCGUUUGUGUUGAGUGUUCCCAGGAAUCAGGUCAAUGGAUUAAUGGAAAUGUCAGAUGAAGCUUUUGUCAAUACACUAAAUGAGGCUCUUUUCUUGGAGAAAUCCUUACAAGCCAAUCAAUCGAUACUUUCAUUUCUCACUCAAACCACUGAUUCGAUUAUUGAAAAGAUUUUACCUUUAGAUAGUUCAUCAACUAUUCCAAGAAUUAAUCCCCCUCAGGUCAUGUCAUUGGAGCCCAAUUCACGAGCAUCGUUUCCCCUUAAAUUUGGUACAACUCUCCCAUCGAUGGUGGGACAGAUUAAGGGUGGAGAUAGACAGAAGUGUAUUCUUAUUGGUGAUUCUGCUCAUCGGGUUCAUCCACUUGCUGGUCAAGGAUUGAAUUUGGGUCUUGGUGAUGCUGAGAUUCUUGGACAAUAUUUACACGAUAGUUUAUCCAUUGGUGAAGAUAUUUUCUCAAACAAUCAACACAGUUGUGAACAAUUAAAUCAAGUUCUGUACAAUGUUGAACGGCAACGACAGUUGAAAUUAAUACCCAUGAUGACCGCUAUCCAAACAAUGCAAGACCUUUUCACUUACCUGCCAUCAAAUGUAUUCACAGCAUUUAAUAAGUUGAAUUUAAUCAAAAAUGAAUUAGUCCGAUUCGCAAAUUCAAGGUGAAAAUGUCACCAAGUAAAAUGGAUUAGCCGAUGAAAUUAUGUAUAAACAAUCAACAGACACAAUCAUGUUAACUUUAAAGUGAUUAAUAUUUUUUUUCUCAAUCUUUAA